AUGGAUGGGACCCGAACUCAAAGUAAGACCCUCAAUGACAGACCACGCAACGGCGAUGCCUUCUCGAUCGACCAACCCAACCGUCGGUCGGGAGCCGAGCGCCACAUGUCCCGUAACAGCGCGAAUCCAGACGAGAUCGUCUUUGCGCCGCCACGAAUCAACUUUUCUUCAUCUCGAGUCAAGCUCCUUGACGGAGACAAGGCUGCCAAGGAACUAGAACAGGGACGAUUCGGCAUCCGCAGCUCCGACAAUGACCGUGCACGCGACGGCCGAGGCAACGCGCUUCGUCGGCGCGGCGACAGCGACUUUGACGGCGAAGGUUGGAGCACAGUUAAGCCGCGCAAGAGCUUUGGCGCCGAAGGUGCGGAGCGCUUCGCUGGAAAAAUGGGCGGCAACUAUCGCGACGAGGUCAAGUCGACCGACCGCGACGCCAACAGGGAACGUCAAAGCAAGACGACCGAUACUUUUGGCCGCGACAAGGAUAGGGAUGCCGAUGGCCGUACCCGCAACGGCCUAGGCAGGAAGAUGGAACCGUGGGCCAAGUCGGAGAGCAAUGUUGACGGUGCCGCACCCGAGCGACGCGAUCGUGAUCGAACGAAGAGCUGGAGAGAUCGCGAUGCAGAGCCCGUUACAGACAACCGAGCCGGUGACAAACGCUGGGGCAGAGACCGGGAUCAGCGAGCAGAGCGUGAUCCUGAAUGGUUCGACGAACCUGCCAAGGAGCAGCGUGAUGUUCACACCCAGCAGGACUUCCAAAAGUGGAUGGAACAAAUGAAGAAAGCUAAGAACGCCCAGGAGAACCAAGCCGCUGAGACGCCGGAGCCUGAAAAGCCCGAGAAGCCCGCCAAGUCCACGCCCGUCAUAGAACAAGGCCCAGACAAGUUCUUCAUGGCCUUUGGUGGCGGAACCACCAUUGACAGCCAACCCCAGGUGGAACCAACAGAAGGGGCCAGCAAGCCCAAACCAGCUGGCAAGUCAUCACGUUUCACGUCAUUCUUCGGCGGUGGCCAAGAAGAGCCUCGGCAGCACACAGAAUCGUCCACACCAGCGACAGCAGCGCCGUCGGUGCCUCCAGGCUUUGCCCACCUCUUUGGUGGAAUGACUCCCGCGAGUGCUCGUGGCGGGUCCACGGGCCCUGACGAUGAGAAGCAAGCCUUUGCACAGUUGCUUGCCAAGUUGCAAAAGCAGACCGUCAGUGCCACGCCGCCUGGCCUUUCGUUAUUCUCUCCCCCGCAACAGAAUGCCAAUGACAGUGGCAAGAAGAGCGCCGUAGCGUCACCAGAGCCCUUUCAACAAUAUGGAAAUGACCGCAGAGAAGGGCCUACUGCCAGGCCCCCUCCUCACUCACAGCAGGAAAUCCACGCCCCUCGCCCGCAGCAGCAGAACCCUCAUCCGGAUCAGCUGCUCCAGGACCUCGUUGGUCAUCAUCAUCGUGCUUCUAGUCAAAGCUCGACGCAGCGUGAUCCCUUGACGGCCACCAAGAACAACAGCAACGCUGAGUUUCUGAUGAAUCUCAUGCGCGCCCCCAACCACAACGCCCAGCGCGCGGAACAGCUGCAGAACAUGAUGGCGCACGGCGGGCACUUGCAGCAGAAGCCGUCUUCGAUGUCUCCGAUGAAUGAGCGUGACGUCCAUGCUCACCAGCAGCAGGGCCGUCCGGGUCCACCUCCGGGUUUCCCUGCCCUUGAUGACUCGUUCCGCUCGCCAGACUCCGAACCGCGACCCAACCCGACGCAGAUCUUGCAGCGACCACCGCCUCCCCCAGGCCUCGACCACAUGCCUCCAAACUGGAUGAAUGGUCCUUUCCCGCCGGGCCCGCCCCCCGGCCAACGCGGCGGCGGCGGCGGCGGCGGCCCCAUGAUCCCGCCCCCUGGGCUCCCCGGAGGUCUGCCGAACCGCAACAUGCCCAUGCCGCACAUGUUUCCGCCCAACUUCCCGCCGGGUGCCAUGCCGCCACCACCGCCCCACGAGAUGCGCGGCAGCAUGCACAUGCCACCGCCGGGUUUCUUCAACGGGCCACCUCCUCCCCACGCCUUUGGCCCGCCACCUGGCAUGCCAAACUUCAACGGCCCGCCGCCGCCGGAUCCCCGUGCCUAUGGAAGCCCACCCUUUGACGCACGCGGCAUGGUUCCGCCGCCGAACGCCGGUGAUGCUGGUCGCAACGGUGGCGGCUACGGUCGUCAGUAA